AUGUCGCGGCUCAGUACGAUUUACAGGACUGGGACGCAGAGCAAUCGUCGGCUACACCAGCUUACACAACAGGAUGUGUUUCCGCUACUUGAUGUGAAGGAAAUAACGAUAUGUUUACAAAGCUGUGAUUUCAUCGCUACAGAAGAGUUGGUUCUGAAGCCUACGAGUCAGUUCAUCCGUUCCUUGUUUGAACAGUUUCUCGACACGUUCAUGGGAUUGCCUAUAGAGGCACUCCUGAACAAAGUACGCGGAUUGAAUCAGCAGAACGAUUUGAAAAAUGGCACAACAAACGGAAGCAACGGAAAUGCGGAUAAUGAUAACGAAGAAGACGAAGAUGAUACUGUUGAGGCUCUUAACCUUAUAGGUUUACAUAGAGCAGCGUACAAGUUCUUCCAGGGGUGUGGUAUCUACGAUUUGACGAUAAUGGAUAUUGUGCGACCGGAUCCGUUCAAAACUCGACGGAUACUAAGUGCUGUCGUCAACUAUGCUCGUUUCAGAGAGGAGCAUUCGGCCGAGUGCGAGCAGUUGGUGAUGGAAAGCGAAGCCAGCUUAGAGAAGAUCAGGCAGUUGCAAUCGGACAAUGAUAGGGUUGUUUCGCAAAUUCAGGGGAUCAAACGUAGAAUUGAAGAUGACCCCAGCAGCAGCGAGAAGAAGGCUACACUUAAACAGGUCAACUCGUAUAACUUGAAAGUCGAGUCUGAGCUAAAGAAGUUGAAGAAGGCGCAGGAAAUUGUCACUCUCGAACACAUGCAAUAUAAGGAGGAAAAAGCGAGGUUGAUCGAGAAGCUAGAUGAUGUUCAAUAUCUUGUAUUCGAGUCUCUGAAAGAAGUUGAUAGAUUGAAGGCUUACUCGGAAACAGACUUGACUAUAUUGCAAAAAAUUAUAUCUGAUCUCAAGAGCCAAUUGUCUGAAUUGCAGAAUGCCUACAAUGAGUUAGAUCAACGAGACAAGAAUUUAUCCGUCACAAUCGACUCUAUUCAAACUGUAGAAAAUGAGUUGAAGAAUCUCUUUCGAAUCUUGGAAGAAAUCUCCAACGAUAUUUCCAAAGAACGAGAAGCCUCAGCCAAGCUUUCUGACGGUCAAGAGUUCUUGGACCAGCUCAAUUUGCGGACAAAUGAUCUUGUUAGGCUGAUCCAACAAGUACAAAGACAGUUGAACAACAUGCAAGAAAAAACAGAUAAGUUGCGAGCUCAGGCUGACGAAAGAAUCUCCAAGAGCCAGCAGAUGUUGACCAAAUACAGACAAGACUAUACUAAGUUGGUGGAAGAAAGAAACUUGAAGGAAGAAGAGUACAACAAGAAGAAAGAAUUAAUCAGUGAGAUAGAAACCAGCAUCAGUAAGAAACAGCUUGACUACCAGAUGGAAGUCAGAAACACCGAGUUGAAAGCUGCUCGUCUCAAUGCUCAUAUCAAGCUCUACUUGGACGAAGUGGGAAAGAAGAUACUCAACUAA